AUGGCGUUUGAAAUGUUUAAAUCAAGGCCCGAGGGCUCUGGUGAAUUCAAGCUGUUCCAGGGGCUGAUCAACGACGAACUCACCGUCGAAGAUGCCGUGCAGUGGGUCAUCGGCGCAACUAUGGACCGCCUGGAAGGGUAUGGUUCGGGAGGGACGAUCGACAGGGCCGACAAGAUUACCUUCAUGGCCAUAUUGGAACUCGCCAUGAGGAUCUACCAGGCUCAGUAUGGUCCGUUGGUCGCUUUCUUGAAAGAACUGAAGAUGUACAACGCGGUCGAUUCAACGACGGGCCUGGUUCUCAAAGCACAAGACGGUAGUUGGGUGUGGUCUCACCUGCCUUCACUCACCACUUGCGCCCGCAGCAUCAUGGCUGAAUUUGAGCGUGAUGAAGACUAUCUAUGCGACCCAAACAUGGACCCCGAACAACAAAUCAGAUGGGCCAAGAUCAACAUCUUCCUCGCACAAUCUACACAAGCGGCCGAUGUCAAAUACACCUCCUCAUCGCAGGCAUUCAUCAGUGAUGGGAUGGACGAGUCUCAUAUUGGACUUUGUGGACUUCGCCAAAUCUUCGAAGAGGGCAUCCCGUCCGAGCAACUGACUUCCGGCGUCGGCCUACUCGGCGUAUGCUACUGGAUCAUAUGUGCCGGAGACCGACUCUGGGAGAAUGUUCUCAACGGCCGACAAUACAAUAAAUACGAUGGCCGACCAGGUGAAAUGUUUUGGAGCCGGCAUUGGAGAGGCUUUGAGCGCGAACGAUGGAAUGUCUGGGAACAAGGUCUACGGGAUGCAAAGGCUGCCUGCCUUCCUGGCCAAGAAGAUGUCCAGGAUUUGAUCAAUCGUGCUUUAUCCAAGAUGGAGAGCCUUUCCAGCGACCCAUCAUCAUGUCUUUAA